AUGACUGCACGUAUUGUCCUUGGCAUUGGGGAGAAUCUACAGCUCCUAGUGGACAGGCCUGACAGCAUCUACUGUUUCUGGCUGAAGAACGACCAAGUGUACUAUGUGCGUGAGAUGAUCCUGAAGCUGGAUGCCACCAUCUCUGGGGAUAAGCUAGUGUCACGAUGGACGUGUUUAGGAAAGUUUACCAAGACCCGUAAGUUCCAGUUGUUCAUUAGAGCUCUCGAUUACAUUGAAAUCUAUGCCAAGUUUUUGGGUAGCAGCAAAGCUACCAAAGACUGCAGAAAAAUGGACCCCAUGGCACUUGUGGUGUUUCAUCAAGCAGACAUUGGGGAAUAUGUCCAGCAUGAAGAGACAUGGCUUAGAUGGUCAUCCCAAGAACAUUUUUCUGUGUGA